CCCGCCUAUCGGAUUACAGCUCCUUUGCUACACUCACUGCUUGCCUGGAUCUCUUUACUGGUUGCUACAAUCCCCAGCCCAGACCCCCGCAGCCUUUCCAGGAUCGUAUCCCUUUUGCCUUGCUGCACAGCAUCUCCUGGCCUUUCCUGGCUUUCUUUUCUAUUUUUUGGUGGGGUGAAGGCCUGCUGGUGGGGGCUGUUUUUCUCUGGAGGCAGGUUGGGCUGGGGGGUGGGAGAAGGAGAGAGGAGAUUUCAGCAUUCAGGCACCAGCCCUCUCCCAAAAGAUGGCUUUAGGAGGUUGGAUAUCUUCUCUGGAGCUGGGAGCAGCUGCUGAAUGGUGAGGCUGACAGUUUCAAUAAAAGAAGUAACCAGAGUGAAAUCGAGGAGAGGACUGGCAAUGAGACUGAUUCACUGAAAAGCAGGCUAGAUUUUUUUUUUUAAGUGCUGCAUUUCUAGUUACAGCAGGGUCCUUUUAAAAUUGUUUUCUUGUGGCUUUUUUGUUUUUGGGGGGGUUAAAUUCAGACUGGAUCACAAGAAGAAGGGCUGGAACUGGAGACACUCCUGAAAAUUUGCCGUUUUCUGGUUAUUUCCUGGUGGAUUCUUUUUUGUUUGUUCGUUCACCUGGAUUGCAAUACAGAUUGGUAUUUUCCUCUCUGUCUUUUGGCUGCUCUGGGAUUUGAUUAUGGAGACAGUGGAAAAGGAGUGCGGAGCCCUCGGUGGUCUUUUUCAAGCUAUCAUCAAUGACAUGAAGAGCUCCUACCCGAUCUGGGAAGAUUUCAACUCGAAGGCGACCAAGCUACACUCCCAGCUGAGGACUACAGUGCUGGCAGCUGUUGCUUUCCUGGAUGCCUUCCAGAAAGUGGCUGACAUGGCCACCAACACACGAGGGGCCACAAGGGACAUUGGCUCCGCGCUGACCCGCAUGUGCAUGCGGCACCGCAGCAUUGAGGCCAAACUGAGGCAAUUCACCAAUGCCCUGAUGGAGAGUCUCAUUAACCCUCUGCAGGACAGGAUUGAAGACUGGAAGAAAACUGCCAACCAGCUGGACAAGGACCAUGCAAAAGAAUAUAAGCGUGCCCGCCAUGAGAUAAAGAAGAAAUCCUCUGACACGCUCAAGCUGCAGAAGAAAGCCCGCAAAGGGAAGGGGGACCUGCAGCCCCAGCUGGACAAUGCCCUCCAAGAUGUCAAUGACAUGUACCUCCUUCUGGAAGAGACCGAGAAACAGGCUGUGCGCAAGGCCCUCAUUGAGGAGCGGGGCCGCUUCUGCACCUUCAUCACCUUCCUGCAGCCGGUCGUGAAUGGAGAGAUCACCAUGCUGGGAGAGAUCACUCAUCUGCAGGGCAUCAUUGAUGACCUGGUGGUGCUGACAGCAGAACCACACAAACUGCCCCCAGCCAGCGAGCAGGUGAUCAAAGAUCUGAAAGGCUCUGAUUACAGCUGGUCCUACCAGACUCCACCAUCCUCUCCCAGCAGUUCUGGCUCUCGCAAGUCAAGCAUGUGCAGCAGUGUUAACAGUACAAAGGGUGGCACCUCUUGGCCUGGCGGGUCUCAAACAUGCUCACCAAGUUCCACCUAUCGCUACCGCAGCCUGGCGCAGCCGGUCAAUGCCAACACCCGCCUGUCCAGCGUCUCGUCCCAUGACUCCGGCUUCAUCUCCCAGGAUGCCAUGUACUCCAAGCCACCUUCUCCAAUGCCUUCUGACAUCACCAGUCAGAAGUCCUCCAGCUCCGCAUCCUCUGAGGCCUCGGAAACCUGCCAGUCAGUUAGCGAAUGCAGCUCCCCCACAUCGGUUAGUUCUAGCUCUACCGCAGGGGCGUGGUCAGGUGGUGAAAAGGAUUGGUCUAAGGCCACUCCUUAUGACCAACCAGCCGUGAACACCCUGCAGCGAAGGAAGGACCGUGUGGAGCACCUGCGGGAUGCUGAAAUGGGCUCAGCCAGCAUGGUGUAUCCGGGAAUUAGUGUGGAGGAAACACCAAGGCCCAGAAUGUCUCCAGCUACCAUCGCUGCCAAGCAUGGUGAGGAGGUGUCUCCAGCUGCCAGUGACCUGGCCAUGGUGCUGACCCGCGGCCUGAGCCUUGAACACCAGAAGAGCAGCCGGGACUCGCUACAGUAUUCCAGUGGCUACAGCACACAGACCACCACCCCAUCCUGCUCAGAAGACACCAUCCCAUCUCAAGGCUCAGAUUACGACUGCUACUCAGUGAAUGGCGAUGUGGAGUGCGACAGCCAGAGUGAGUUUGACAAAUCCUCCACCAUCCCACGCAACAGCAACAUUGCCCAGAACUACCGCCGCAUGAUCCAGACCAAGCGCCCUGCCUCCACUGCCGGUCUGCCCACCGGGACCAACCUGCCAGCUGGUGCCACCCCUGGAGUGGCAACUAUCCGGCGCACACCCUCCACAAAGCCUUCAGUGCGUCGCACCCUCUCCAAUGCUGGCCCCAUCCCCAUCCGGCCCCCCAUUGUCCCAGUGAAGACUCCCACAGUGCCCGACUCCCCUAGUUACACUGGACCGACCAGAGUGGGCAGUGAGGAGUGCGUUUUCUAUACUGACGAUGCCUCACCAAAUGCUAUAGACUUUGCCAAAGCCUCACCCAAGAGGCUGAGCCUCCCCAACACAGCCUGGGGUAGCAAUGUCAUGGAGAUAUCAGUAUACCCGGGUGCUGGGCAGCACCUCUCUGCUGAGGAAGAGGAGGACCAGCAGCUGGCUGCCAAUCGGCACAGCUUGGUGGAGAAGAUUGGCGAGCUGGUGGCCAGCGCGCAUGCCUUGGGUGAAGGCCAGUUCCCUUUCCCCACUGCGCUCUCUGUGCCUGGCCCUGGAGAGGAGACACCCACUCCACCCCCAGCUGCCUCCAGUGAACCACCUGCUGAAGACAUGUUGGUUGCCAUCCGGCGUGGGGUGCGUCUACGCAGAACCAUCACCAACGACAGAUCCGCCCCGCGGAUAUUGUGAUAAAUUCCCCCCACUCUCCCUCUCACCACAGCCCGUGGGAAGAUAUUGAACACAGGGUCAGGACUGAGAAAGCAAGCCGUGCAGAAGAAACGUCAAUCCAGUAAAAAACCACAAAGGCAAAGCCACUUUAUGGAGAUAGAGACAGAGUCUAGAUUUAAAUGGAAACUAAAAGCCUUCGCUAACAAACUCACAAGGGCAUAGCCUAAGCGCUGAACUGGUUUGGGAGCCUAUUUUAUACUUUAUUUCUCCCCUGCUCCUCCUAGACUCCCCAGCUCUUUCCCACACCUCACUUCCCAGCCUUGAAAGACUCCUCGCUACCAGCCAGCAGGCAGCGGUGAAAGGGGAGGAACUUGAGUCUGGACUGGAAUCAGCAGCUACAUCAUAAGCCUAAGAAACACACGCACGCAUAUAUACACACACACACACAAAGUCAAGGACCAUUGGCUGCUGUUCCCCAGUGAACCCACCUCCCUCCUUUUCCCCUGGACAAGGAUGCACUGUUAGUCCUGUGCCGAACAUCAUAACAUCUGCUUCUUUCUUUCUUUUUUUCUUUCUUCUUGCUCUUGUUUUCAUAUCAGCUGGGUUGGAAAAGAUUCCUGCAACAGCAGAGAAGUGGCUGGGGUCAUGGCAGUGGGCUUCAUCAGAGAAGACCUGGAAUAUAUGGCCCUGUCUCCUGAGGUAUUUUUGAUGUAAUUUGCUUGCCAAUAUGCCUCUGCUAUCUAAUCCCUGGAAGCAGGAGCCUAUAUGAGUAUGCCCUGGGGAGCAAGAUUUGGGGGCCUGAUCUCCACAGUGUCCUACAGAAAACUCAGGACUGUCUCAAGAUACAGAUUCUCCUCUUCAGCAGGCUCUUCUCUUCUUGGUUAGCACCAUCCAACAUGUCCAGAUAUUUAGUGGGAUUACUUUAGAGCACUUGCUUAGAGACCCACACAAGGAGGGAAGGCAGGGACAGCUCUGUGACCCCUCAGUACCCAGAGUUCAGCACCAGCAGAGAGGUGGCAGUUUAAAGGCACCGGCUUGCUCAUGUUUCCCUGAGGACAAGAGAGAUGUAUCUGUCAUGUUGUUCUGGCUGCAGUAGGUUUUCACUUGGUGUGUGACAGAGAUGCCUAUGGAUUGGUUUGCACAGGACUAGGAUGUGUGUAUAGCCAGGGGUGCAGGCCUUGGUGUCCCAAUGAGGGAAAUGUGUGAAGAUGGAGAUGUCCAUUGGGAGGUUCAUCUCUUGGUGUGCCCCUGGCUGGGUGUUUUUACAAGGGAGGAGAGCUGUAGAUGCAUGCAAUUAAUGCACCUGUCCAUGCUUACUCCUGUUCACCUCCACAAACAGCUGUAGCUAGGAGAGGAGCAAAAUCAUGGAACAUUCACAGUUUGUAUGCAGUGGUUUAACUUUAGGACAUCAUACUAUUCAAGACUACAGAAGACCCCCUGGAACUGGAGUCUGUACCAGUGACUUACUUUGUGACUCAGAGUCUCAUCCAUGGUGUCAGAUUGGGAAAGGCAGUGGUUUGGGAUGUGGGCCCAAGUACCAUUCUUUUCCCAAAUUGAGAAGAUUGCAUGGUUAAUUGUUCUCUGCCCUUGCUCAGCCCUUGCUCAGGAUCCAUUUCUCCCCUACCUUUCCAGACUCAUAUCCACUAGCAUGGUACUUUCCCUAUAGGGUGAGGUACCACACAGGAAACAACAAGGCGACAAAGUCAGACCUGACUUUUAUUCUCCUUAAAAUUAGCAGGAACUGCCUGAGGAAGACCUAGACCCAGUACCAGGGAGCAGAACUCAAGAGUUGGCUUGCUGGUACUAGUGAUAGUUCUGCCUAAGUAAAGCCUUGGGGGUGUUGCUGGAAAGAGUGAUGUCCUGGCUCACUCUUCCUUGUUAGUACCCCUGUUCCUAAUAGCCAUGAACAUCCCAAUAAGCACAUCUCACUGGAUUCUCCCAGCGCUGUCUUUACACCAGGGCCAAGCUGAUAGAGUACUAGGCUCCAUUCCCAGAAUGCAGUGGCCGUGGCAGUAUCCCUGUUCUCUUAAAUGGCUUCUGAGCUUACGGCAGUCAUGCCGUGGGAGCGUUUAUGUGGCAGUGACUGGAGGGUGCAGGGAGCUUGAGGGAUGGGGAGCCAGUGUUGUGUUGAAAAUCUUUUCUCUCACACAUCUCCCUCACUGCUUAAAAGCAGGGCUUUGCAGGACAUGCUGGUUGGAUAAAUACGAUAGGAACAGGAGAGGAGAGCACCUCUCUCCAGUCCAUCCCCCUUCCCUAAGGACCUUGUAACAGGCAUGCCAAAGGAAGGGGAGCACUCUUCCCCUCCUUGAUACUUACAGCACUAUUCCAAAACUCCAGCCUUGGGGGCAUUUCUGGGUGCUCAAGUAUGUGUCUGCCUCUUGCCCUUCCCUCCCUGGCCCUGCUCUCCCCUAAGCCUGCAAAGUCUGUGCUGGCAAAUGGAAUGUGACAUGGGUGAAGAGAAGGGAUUUCUGGCAAAUUGGGUAGGGUGACUGGAGAGGAAGGAGCUGGGGGCAUCCACUACAGUCAGAGGAAAUGAUGUAGUGCCUUGGAUGUGGCCCUGUGGUCCUGUAGGUUUUGGUUAGACAUGAAGGAAAAUGGGCUUUCCUUGCAUCUGAUUGGAUAGGAAUGGCUAUUACCAAACCAGCUGGCUGGAGACUGGCUUAAUUAUGAUUGAUUGAGAGUUGGUCUGAUCUACUCCCCCCAGCCUUCAUUACCCCUGAACCUUUAGUAAGCUAAAAACAUCAGGUUAUGCAGGGGGAUCACUGGCCUUAUCUCAGGAUCCCUCUGAGUGGCUGGUAAUUUGGAGGAAUCCUGCAUCACUGUAGGUGCUACUGCAACAGGUAGGGAUGAAGAGAGGACCCCACUGGGCUAUAACAGUACUGUGGGAGCUGCACAAGAUGCAUUUUCACUGGAUAAGCAUGGCGUAUAGCAGGGGUACUGCAGGGAAGGGAGGUCCUGCAUAGACAGUAGACCUUGUGUGGCCAUUACAGCCCAGGUUAAUUCUUGGUGGAGACCCACUGGUUUCAUUGGAGUCAUUCCAUAGACAAGUAUGGUCUCCCUUGAUUUCAGUGGAUCUGCAUCAUAGCUGGCUUAGACCCACCAGUUUCAGUGGUUUCACUGGAAGUGAUUUUUCCAGUUCCUCCUAUGAUUUUGGUCUUGCCACUCACCUUUCCAGAGUAGUUAGCCCUUAGCAUGUCAUGUGUCCCACAGUACAGGGGUUGGGUCCCAUUUGCCAUCUUCUUGUUCUCUUUGACAAGCACUUCAGCCAAGCAAGUCCCACAUUCCUCUGAAGCAGGAGGUGUACAAGGGGUGGGGAAAGGAUGGGAGCAGUUCUCUGGAGAAUAAAUUCCAAGCAAGAAGCAAUGUGCCUUCAUCCCUACUGUGAAAGGGAAAGGCAGUUUUUCAGGGACAGUUAUGUGAAUUCAAGAAGUAGUUCCCCUGUGGGGGCAGGCACAGUCUUCAGCCAGCCUUUGAUAUAUUAGUUUGAUUUGGGGGCAUAGAUUAAGAAAGUUAAGAAAGCACAACCUUUCCUCCCUUUCUCUCUCUCUCUCUCUUCCCCACCUCUUCCCUGCUCUUUCUCCAUGCUUAUGCAUUCACAAAGCACAGCAGCUCGUGAUGUUGUACAUAGCUCCAAACAAUGGACCCACCCUUCUUGCCUUCCAGCCCAGAUGUGUGUAUGUGUGUGUGUCGCAUUGCAACCCUGUUACUCUUAUACUGUCUUAGUAAUAAUGAUUUAGUUAUAACCUCUCUCCGUCCCAUCAUUCCCAACCUCCUUCUUGUGACCAGAGAUGAUGAUGGCGCGUGACAAAUGUUUGGGUUCGGGGUUUGGGGUUUUUUUGAUUUUUUUUUUUUCACUUUGUACAGAGAAAAAAAAAUCCUUUAAAAAAACCGUCUUUCAACUGAAGUAAUUUUCUGGUGCUGUUGUUAACUUGUCCUUUUUUAAUUUAUUUCCCUGCCCAGUGCUCCUGUCUCUUUCCCGCUGCUCCCUUUCCCCAACUUCCCUUUUUCCUUUUUCUUUUCUUUCUUCUUUUUUUUUUUGAGAAUUAUCCUGUCCCUUGCCCCACCCUUGAUUUAAAUAGUCACUGCUACAAGUAACGAAUGCACUGUGAAGAUUCCAGUAUUAAUAAAAGUUGUACUGUAAUUAAUAA